CCUUCCUCCACUGAGUUUGCAGACAGCCGGCUGGGGAAGUGGAGGGUCGAAAGCAGCUUGUUGCUGUGGGCCAGGGGAAGGUUUUGGUUGCUGCACGCAGAUAGUGUGUGUCGAUGCUGUGACGGGGGAAUGCAGUCAGGGUGGGCCCACAACACAGCUCCUCCUUACAGCCUCAAAGAGCCAGCUAAAGGAAUUACCUGCUGCUACUGCACUGGUCACAAUGAACGAAACUGUCAGCUGAAGAAUAGCAAAUAAAUUAUCCAGCCCUGCAUUUCGGGAAAGUGGCUAUCCACCAUGGGAGAUGCAGAGAAAUCCACCAUUGAGCAAUCCCACUUGCUGUUUGAUAACUUCAUCCAGGCAACAACAUGCAAAGGCACAUUCAAAGGUUUUCAGGAGCUAUCUGAGAUUCUGGGCAUCUGCAAAAUCGACUUUCCCAACUUUUACCCAAAGUUUAAAUCCAAACUCAAUUACUGGAAGGCAAAAGCACUCUUUUCAAAACUAGACAAACGAGGAAGUCACAAAGAUUACAAGAAGAACAUAGCCUGUGCCAAUACUAAGUGUCUGGUGAUUGGAGCUGGGCCUUGUGGCCUGCGCACGGCCAUUGAGCUGGCAUUCCUUGGGGCCAAAGCCAUCAUCGUGGAGAAACGUGACACCUUCUCCAGAAACAAUGUCUUGCACUUGUGGCCAUACACGAUUCAGGAUCUGCGAAACCUGGGGGCCAAGAAGAUCUAUGGGAAAUUCUGUGCCGGAGCCAUCGACCAUAUCAGUAUCCGACAGCUGCAGCUGGUUCUGCUGAAGAUCGCCUUGAUCCUGGGGAUUGAGAUACACCUUAAUGUGGAGUUCCGUGGGCUACUCCCACCCAGGGGCCAGAAAAAUCCAAAUUCUGGCUGGAGAGCAGAAAUUAACCCUUCAACCAGCAAGGUGACACAAUUUGAAUUUGAUGUUGUGAUUGGUGCCGAUGGCCGAAGGAACACACUGGAAGGAUUUCGGAGAAAGGAAUUCCGAGGGAAACUCGCGAUUGCUAUCACUGCCAACUUCAUUAACCGGCACACGCGGGAGGAGGCCCAGGCCCAGGAGAUCAGCGGCGUCGCCUUCAUCUUCAACCAGAAGUUUUUCCAGGACCUGAGGGAAGCCACAGGUGUAGAUUUAGAAAACAUUGUUUACUAUAAGGAUGACACACACUACUUUGUCAUGACUGCCAAGAAGCAGAGCCUUCUGGACAAGGGGGUGAUUCAACAGGAUUUCUCGGACACAGAAAGGCUGCUCUCCCGCAGUAACAUGAAUCAAGAAGCACUUCUGAACUAUGUGAAAGAAGCAGCUAAUUUCUCCACCAACCAUCAGCUGCCCCGCCUAGACUUUGCCAUGAACCAUUAUGGUCAGCCUGACGUGGCCAUGUUUGAUUUCACAUGUAUGUACGCUUCAGAGAAUGCCUCACUGAUACGGGAGGAGGGUGGCAAGCGGCUACUGGUCGCCCUAGUUGGGGACAGUCUGUUAGAGCCCUUUUGGCCAAUGGGAACUGGGAUUGCUCGAGGAUUUCUGGCCGCAUUUGAUGCUGCCUGGAUGGUGCGGAGUUGGGCACAAGGUACCGCUCCCCUGAGUGUAUUAGCUGAAAGGGAGAGCAUUUACAGAUUACUGCCUCAGACCACACCACAGAACAUCAGCAAGAACUUCAACCUGUACAGCAUUGACCCUGUCACUCGUUACCCCAAGGUCAAUAUCCAUGUCCUGGAUCAAAAUCAGGUCCGGCACUUGUAUAAUACUGGAGAGCAAAAAAAACUCCCAGGAUCCGAAACUGCUGCUAUUCCUAGAUCGCCAAAGUUUAAACAGCCUGACUCCUUGGCUCGAUCAAAUAAACUACUUGCCUGGUGCCAGAAGCAGACUCAGGGUUAUAAGAAUGUCAAUGUGAUCGACCUGACCACGUCAUGGAAGAGCGGUCUGGCACUUUCGGCCAUCAUCCACCAUUACCGGCCGGACCUGAUAGACUUUGAUCAAAUGAAUGAGAAGGAUGUGGAGAGGAAUAACCAAAUGGCGUUUGACAUUGCUGAGCGGGAGUUUGGAAUUUCCCCCAUAAUGACAGGAAAGGAAAUGGCAGCGGUGGGUGAACCAGACAAACUGAGCAUGGUCAUGUACCUGUCACAGUUCUAUGAAAUGCUCAAGGACACACCUCCAGAGGAAUACCUGCUGGGAUUUCAUGAUAAAUCCAACAUUGUGAGUGCCACAAAGUCACCCAUCUCCUUCCUCAGCAGACUGGGACAAUCGAUUGCUCGCAAGAGGGGACCAAAGGAUAUUUUAGGACGUGAGGCACAAUCGAGGCAGCCACUGAAACAAGAAGAACGGGACCCCUACCAGAAGGGCAGUGUCAAAUCCAUCGCCAAUCAGUUCUUGGCUAAGUCUGAUAGCAAUGUCCCUGGACCAUCGCAUGGAGUGAAGAGACAACGAUCAAACAUGUUCGAGGAAGAAUAUCCUGGCCAACAGCCUUACAGCAGACAAAGAGAUGUCCCACAACUGAGUGCUGUUCCUCAGUGGAAACAGCAAACGAUGAAGAAGAAGGAGUUCCCCGCACAAUUUGGAGGCAGUGAUGUUUGCUAUUUUUGUGGGAAGCGGGUCUACGUGAUGGAACGUCUGAGUGCCGAAGGGAAGUUCUUCCACCGUGGCUGCUUCAAGUGUGCGUUCUGCGGCAUGACCCUCCGCCUUGCCACCUAUGCCUACAACCCAGAGAACGGAAAAUUCUAUUGCAAGCCUCAUUAUCGGCUGGGUGGGCGCGAGGCCAGGAAAAGACCUGCCACACCUCCAGCAAAAGCCCAGGAGAGGAUUUCUCCUCCUCCACCGCCGACUAUGAAUCCGGUUGAAAUGACUGACUUCAAGGUUCAAUACGCUGACGAAGCCGCAGGAACGCUUACUGAUGCCAUGGUGGAGCCGUGCCAGGCGAAGCGAUUACGUGGUACCCCAGAGAGAAUCGAGCUGGAGAAUAUCCGUGUCUCACUGGAACGGGAGGAAGAUCUGCAGGAGGUGCCCGAAGAGACGCUUGCUGAGCACAACCUGAGCAGCGCGUUUCAGCAAGCCAGUCAGGAACCAGGCAGCAGUUGCAGUAGCUCUGAGUAUGAGAUGGAGGAUGAAGAAGAGGAUGAGGACAAUGCACUGACUCCCUCGGACUUGGGGGGCGUCCCAUGGAUGGAAGCAGUGAGGAUUCAUCGGUUGCUGAAGGGUGACCUAGAGGGAGACAGUGAGGCAGAGGAUGAGAAUGAGGAGCAAUCAGAGUCAAGUUACGCCUCUGAUGCUCCCCCAUUUCGGAAUGAAGCAGUUCGAGCGUGGUUGGAUUCCGUGUCUAGAGAACAGCAGGGAGAGGUGGAGUUAAGCCCAGAUGAUGAUGAGGAGGAUGGAGCUGUAUUCGAGGAUGAUAUUGCAUCAGAUGCGGAGGCUGAGAACCUGAUGAUUUCGUACACGGAAGAGCUGGAGCAGUUAGUGCGAGAAAAGGAAGAAUCAUGUGGUGAGAUUGGAAAUCAAGGUGAACCCAAACGACACCAAGUACACUCAGGAAGCAAUGUGGAUCCCCAACCCACUUCUGACAGCACCAGGAGUCCGCCAGAGCAAGAGGAUGAACUCCUUUUUCCUGGGGUUCCCUUUGUGAAGCCAAUCGACUCUGAAAAGGGAACUGUACCAUCACAUGAAGCAACCAGCCUCCUCCCUGACCACUCUCCUGUGCGAUCACAGCCUCUGUCCUUCCCAGAAACUCCAUCACCCUGUUCAGCAGUCCAAUCCCAGCCUGUUGUCACCCCUCUGGCCCAGAGUCCCAGCAUUGCCCCACCAGCUAUCUGCUGCCAACCACUCACCUGCCCAGGAGCAGCUAGCCCCAUCACAGCUCAGUCCCCAGUGAAAUGCCAGCCUGUCUCCUCCAUCCUGACAUCCACUCCAAUCAUCACGCACAGCGAGGAGCAGCAAGAACACACAGCAACAGGAAUGGGAGCAGAAAAGCCCACCCGAAAGGAUCCAGCUGACGACUUUUGGCUGAGAAGCAUGGAGCUCCGCAAAAGUCUUGGGGUCAGUCCUGUGGACCGAACCAGUGGGUCUGAAACCAGCUUCACAUUGUCCACCACAGGCUCAGCAUCUCCUCAAUCCUUCACACCAGAGGAGAUGUUUGAGGAACAGAGAAGCCACACAGAAAGCCCCCAGCCACCCUCCAGACCCCCCAGUCUACCUGGAGUUGAGGAGCUGGUAUUGCCAGCUCUAACCUCAAGCCAAUCCAUCGGGCUGGAUGCCAAGAGUUCAGAUGGUGGUCACAAGGAUUUGACCAGCACCUCUGGGCUUGGCCUGAAUGGAAGCUUGAGUAACACCAGGACUGCUGCCAGUGUGAGCCUGAAUAACUCUGACAGCAUGUUAACACCACCCUCCAGCCCUCCUCCACCACCCCCUGCUGGUGAGGAACCUGCAACUCUCCGGCGGAGGAAGCAUCAAGACAGGGGGAAGAGUGUUGUGGACAGGAGCCCCACACUGCCCAGCAAUAAGCAGCCUGUGUCAGCUCAGCAGACAGUAGCCAGCCAGCCAGACAAUGUAAGGAAAUCACUGGCAGAGAGCAUUGACGAGAUUCCGUUUGCAGACGAUGUGGAGGAUACAUAUGAUGACCGAACACCUGACACUAGUGUCCAGGAAAGAUUUUACACACCCCCAAGCAGCAAGCCCAAACAGGAGAAGCCCUGCCUGUUAAAAUUAGCCCAGAGCCCAAAGACUGCAGAGUCAAAACAGCGGCUACUGAUCUCACCAGAGGCUAAAGAAAUAGCCGAGGAAAGAAUGAGGGCUCGGGAAAAGUCAGUCAAGAGCCAGGUUCUCAGAGAUGCUAUGGAAAAACAGUUGAGGAAAAUGAAAGAAAUGGAAAUGAGUGAAGUGUCUGCUGGCCAGUCCAGGAGUGUCCUGAGACAGCUAUCAGCUCAGGAGGAUAGCUGGGCUGACACCACGUUACCCUUGGACAUUAAGUUAACCAAUGGUCACAAGCUGCAGCAGGAGUCGGUGGUGGACAGAUAUGUGACCCCCACAGCCUUACAGCAUCCCGUCUGUGAGGGUUCGGGAGCCUCCUCCGAGGAUUCAGCCAGCAAAAACAAGAAGAGAACUUCCUUGUUCUCACCACGGAAGAGCAAGAAGGAGAAGAAAUCAAAGAGUGAUAGCAGGCAGCCGCACAAAGUGAGCAGUGCAGCUGAUGAACUGACCAAACCCAAAUCACUUUGGAAAUCAGUCUUCUCCAGUUACAGGAAGGACAGAAAGAAGAAGGAGGAGAGAGCGUGUCCCAGUACACCAUCAAGCAGCAACACCAUCGACUCCAGCACGAGACACACCAGAAACAUCCUCCGCACAGCAGUGGAGCUCCAGCUUGGUCAGCACCUGAGUUUAUCAGAGGAUUCCGACUUGUCGAAUGAUGAUGUCUUGGAGAGGAGUUCCCAGCGCUCGAGAAGAGAGAAACCCUACACUGAAGAGGAGCUCAAUUCCAAGCUGACUCGGAGAGUGCAGAAAGCAGCUCGACGACAGGCCAAGCAAGAGGAGCUGAAGAGGCUGCACAGGGCACAGAUCAUUCAGCGGCAGCUCGAACAGGUGGAGGAGAAACAGCGCCAGCUGGAGGAGCGAGGUGUGGCUGUAGAGAAAGCUCUCCGUGGGGAAGCAGACUAUUGGGGAGAGUCUAGUUACAGUGAAAUCCUCGACUUGCAUCUGGGUGGAAUGGGAAAGAAAGACGACCCUCGACUGAUGCAGGAGUGGUUUAAACUGGUACAGGAGAAGAACAGCCUGGUGCGCUAUGAGUCUGAGCUGAUGAUCUUUGCCCGUGAACUGGAGCUGGAAGAUCGGCAGAGCAGGUUACAGCAAGAACUCCGAGAACGUAUGGCUGUUGAUGACAAUCUGAAAAGCAGUGAUGAGCUGUCCGAGGAGAAGAGGAUCCUGAAUGAGAUGUUGGAGGUGGUUGAGCAGCGAGAUUCACUAGUGGCGUUGCUGGAGGAGCAGCGACUCCGGGAGAAGGAGGAGGACAAGGAUCUGGAGGCUGUGAUGCUCAGUAAAAGCUACAACUUGAACUGGUCAUAAAGUAACCUGCCCAAAGCUACAGACAGAGGAUCCCUGGGGAAUCAGGAGAAACAGCAGCCGGAAUGGGAGACAGGAGACUUCAAGCAAGGCCUGCUCCGUGGUCUGAAGAAAGCUUUCUGUUUUACCAUGUGUCAGCUGCAUGCAUGACCCUACCUGACCUGAGGGGAACCCCUGCCAAUCGACGCAAGGCCUCGGCCUCAUUUACCUUCCUCUGGCCUGAAUGGCAGCCGGAGGAGUGGGACAGUUGGAAAUGAGUCCCCAGCCAGAUUUGGGCAGGCAGUUACUCACAGGCCAAGAGCCGUAGUCAGUCUGCUACCCGCUAAACAGCCUAGGUCCAGAAGAGGCUCACAGCUCAUUCUGAUGUUUCUACAGAUUCAAAACAUUGGCCAAAAUUAGUAAUUAGGUCUGGGAUUGCAAAAUGGAAGCAAGACAUGAAGUGGGCGGUGCAGUACAGAUCAGUGCAAGGAUUUCUCCAUUAUGGGAACCGUUUUGUGAUCCAAUAUUUAAAAUGGGAGUAAAAACAGAAAAUGCUGGAAAUACUCAGUAGGUCAGGCAGUGUCUAUGGAGAGAAAAGCAGACCUUACAUUAGAAUCUUUUUUCAGAUUUCCAGUCUGCAGUAUUUUGCUUUGGUGUUUGAAAUGGGCGUUGGUCUUCCCCCUGUGCGCUCUUGUGUUCUUUAGUCUGGUCAUACAGGCUCCUAACUACAAGUAGGCCUAAAGACAGUGUCUAGGCCUGUGACAGGCUCCAGCUGGUCAGAGCUGGGACUGCUGACACAGAGUAUCUCAGCCCCCACUGACAAUGCCACUGCUGCUGAAGGAAUGUUUAAUUUAAUAGGGGGAGAUAGGGGUUGUGUGAUGGAAUGGGAGCAGAAACUGAAAGCUGCCUGAAUUCUUAACAGGGUGUAAGGAGUUUGAACGAGCAUGAUUAUGACGGGGAGCGGAAAUCAAAGGUUCAAUGGACAAAAUCAUUGGUACAUUUAAAGGGGUGCAGUGGCAUCCCACCCUGUCCAUCACUCUUUCUCACACUGUACCCAUCUACGUCCCCACCCUCUCUCACACACACUGUACCCAUCUACGUCCCCACCCUCUCUCACACACACUGUACCCCAUCCAACACCCCACAC